AGACGCUCAGCGCCGCAAAAACGAGCAGCUGAAAGAACCGAGUACAGCUAAAGGGAUGAAAAAGACUAUUUGCUUCUUCUUGCUUGUAACCCUGAACGUUUUCUCCUGCCAUGGACUGGACCCUUGCUGUGCCCAGCCAUGCCAGAACAAAGGUAUAUGUGUGUCCAAAGGUGCAGACUCCUAUGAGUGUGACUGCACCAGAACCGGGUACUAUGGAGAAAACUGCACCACCCCUGAACUGCCCACGAGGAUCAAGUCCUUCCUGAAGCCGAGUCCGAACGCGGUCCAUUACUUCUUGACCCAUUUCAAGUGGAUCUGGAACAUCAUCAACAACAUCUCCUUCCUGAGGGACGCCAUCAUGCGCUACGUUCUCACAUCGAGGUCAGAUUUGAUCGACAGCCCGCCGACCUACAACUCUGAUUACAGCUACAAAAGCUGGGAGGCGUACUCCAACCUGUCCUACUACACCCGCGCGCUGCCCCCACUGCCCACUCACUGCCCUGGUGGAACAACUGCCCUUCCAGAUGCCAAGCAGGUGGUUGAGAAGGUCCUGCUGAGAAGACGGUUCAUCCCGGAUCCUCAGGGAACCAGUCUGAUGUUCGCUUUCUUCGCCCAGCAUUUCACCCACCAGUUCUUCAAAUCCGACUUAAAGAAAGGAGCAGCCUUCACCAAAUCUCUGGGUCAUGGAGUGGAUCUGAGUCACAUUUACGGUGAGACUCUGGAGAAGCAGCACAAGCUGAGACUUUUUAAAGAUGGAAAGAUGAAAUAUCAGGUUGUGGACGGCGAGGUGUACCCCCCGCUGGUGAAAGACGUUCAGGUGGACAUGCAUUACCCUCCUCAUAUCCCAGAGGAGCACCGCUUUGCUGUGGGUCACGAAGCGUUCGGCCUGGUUCCCGGCCUCAUGAUGUACGCCACACUCUGGCUGAGGGAGCACAACCGCGUCUGUGACGUGAUGAAGCAGGAGCACCCAGACUGGGACGAUGAGCGCAUCUUCCAGACCACACGGCUCAUUCUGAUCGGUGAAACGAUCAAAAUCGUGAUUGAGGAUUACGUCCAGCACCUGAGUGGCUACCACUUCAAGCUGAAGUUUGACCCAGAGCUCCUCUUUAACCAGAAGUUUCAGUAUCAGAACCGAAUCGCCGCCGAGUUCAACACACUGUACCACUGGCACCCGCUGAUGCCCGACACCUUUCACAUCCAGCAUCAGGACUACUCUUACCCUCAGUUCCUGUUCAACAACUCCAUAGUGACAGAGCACGGCAUCAACAACCUGGUCGACUCCUUCACCAAGCAGACGGCCGGCAGGAUAUCUGGUGGGUGGAACCUGCCUCCUGCAGUGCAGGGCAUGGCUGCUAAAGUGCUAGAGCAAAGCAGACAGAUGCGCUACCAGUCCUUAAAUGCUUACAGGAAACGGUUCAAUUUGAGACCGUACACGUCCUUCGAAGACCUGACAGGUGAUAAAGUUCUUGCAGCUGAGAUGGAGAAGCUGUAUGGAGACAUAGAGUCCGUGGAGCUCUACUCUGGGCUGCUGGUGGAAAAGCCCAGGCCCAACGCCGUGUUUGGAGAGACCAUGGUGGAGAUGGGUGCCCCCUUUUCCCUCAAAGGCCUGAUGGGAAAUCCCAUCUGCUCUCCUGAGUACUGGAUGCCCAGCACUUUCGGCGGCAAAGUGGGAUUCGACAUCGUCAACAGCGCCUCCCUGCAGAAGCUGGUGUGCCUCAACGUUAACGGACCCUGCCCUGUGGCGUCCUUCAAAGUGCUUGAUGUAAAUUUCCCCGUCUUCGCGAAUGUUAACUCCAGUUCUGAGCCCUCCGCACACAGCACAGUCAAUCCCACUGUGUUGCUGAAAGAAAGGGCUUCUGAGCUCUAAAAGCAACGAGUUGCACCACUUCAAGAUUUUCAACAGACAGUUUUGGUCUCAUUUUAAUACGAUUAUUGAUCUAAAUGUGUGUUUUUUUAAGAUUAUUUAUGAGAUUAUUUAUUUGUGUAUCAAUUAAUUUAUUUAUUUAUUUAUUAAGAUGGGACUUAUGAUUUGUUCUGUGUUGAUAACUUAUGAAUAUAGGUUCUGUUUUGUAAUUGUUUGUCAUUUUUAUGUGCUGCUCUGAUAUUUUUUUAGACAGUGUAUCUGUUUAAAACCUCUCAAAUCGCAAUCCAGUUACAUUCCGAAUAAAAUAUUUGCUUUUU